AUGUGGUCCUCAAGCCAGUCUUCGGGCGAAGCCGAUAGGAUACUGAUGCCCCCGCCUCCACUACCCUCUCGGCGUGCAAGGCAGACCCCUCACCCUAAGGUCCAGACACCACCCUCUCGAGGGCUGACAGCUUCCCCCUACUUUGCGAGUUCAGCUUCACAGGAGCAUCGAUCCAUAUAUUCCUCCCAGGAGCCUUCCGGCCAAGCCAGCAGUCCUUCUCAUGGUCAAUCAUCAGGCAUGUCCGGCUGUCAGCCCGGGAUUGACAGAUCUGGAGCUCGGCCUCCAUCCCAUGGACGCUAUCCCAUUGAUCGACCAGGUACAACAACUACAUCCACUUCUCAACGACCGGAUACAUAUGCGCGCAGCGUCUCAAGAGCGCCCACUGCGUUCGCCGGGUGUGAAGGACGACAGAUUAUAUGCGCGGUCAGCGAAGGGAGAGGCGUACCUCCGAUUGUUGGCCUCGCCAUAAUCGACAUCGAUAUCGGCAGUGCAGUCAUGAGCCAGAUCUGCGACACACAAUGCUACGUUCACACGAUACACAAGUUGAGAGUCCAUGAGCCCAAGGAGAUUCUGAUUGUGUCGAGUUCUGGGCCCCCCAACCGCAAGUCCGUUCUUUACAGCGUCAUCGAGGAGGAGCUAUCCGACGUUCCAAUCACUACACUUGACAGGAAAUAUUGGUCAGAGAUAACUGGUCUUGCCUACAUCGAGAGUUUGGCUUUUCAUGAAGACAUCGGCGCCCUCAAAGUCUCAAUGAACGGCAACUUCUAUGCUAUAUGUGCGUUAUCAGCUGCCUUGAGGCAUCUCGAGAUGCAGGCAUCUGUCAGGAUCGCACCCCACAGCCUUGCCAUGAGCUACGAGCCACCGGAUGAUUCAAUGAUGAUCGACGUUGCUUCUAUCCAUGCCCUCGAACUUCUGCAAAAUUCCCAAAACGUCAAGUCAAAAAGGUGUUUGUUCGGGCUUCUAAACAACACUUUGACCCCUAUGGGUGCACGCUACCUCAGGAGCUGUAUCCUUCAGCCAUCGACAAAGAAAGAGAUAAUUACACCUCGCCAUGAGGCUGUGGAAGAGCUUUCGAGCAAAGAGGACAUGUUCUUCGAGGUGCGGAAGGGCAAGUCUACCCACUUCUCCCUCAAAGCCCUCCCUGAUAUUGACAGAGUUGUCUCUAAGCAACUCAUUGUCACCAAUACCGAUGAGUCGACAGUUCAAUCCGAGCAGAGCAUCAACCGCAUUUUACAGAUCAAGAGCUUUUUGAUUGCGGUGCCAGCGCUUUAUGAAGCUCUUGCGACGGCUAGGUGUGAAGUUUUGGUCAAAGCUCAACAACAAUGUCAACCUCAAAUCACCACCUCAAUUCUGGAGAUGAUUGACAAACGGAUUGACAAGGAUGCAGUUUUUGCAACAAAGCCGCUAGAGAUGAGGAAUCAGCGCACGUUUGCAGUGAAGAGCAAUAUUGACCCACUUCUGGAUCUGGCUCGACAGGCGUACAAAGAGCAGACAGAUAAUCUAUACAAAUAUGUCGAGCAAUUCAAUACUGAAAACAACUACAGCAACGAAAUCAAAUAUGACGACAACCGCAAGUUCUGGCUCCGAUUCAAUUUGAAAGACUUUGACGACACAGCCCUCCCAUCACAUCUUAUCAACACAGUUCGCAACAAAGGCUAUCUUGAAUGCCAGACUAUCGAGCUAAAUCAACUGAACUCCAGAAUCUCUGACGCAAGUUGUGAAGUGCUGAUCCAGAGCGAAAAGGUUGUCGAAAAUCUCGUUAAGGAACUCCGCACGCAGAUACCUCAUCUCACUCGACUUUGUCAGGCCAUAGGCUAUCUUGAUAUGCUGGCGAGCUUCGCCCACUUGGUAACUAUCAGCGACUACUGUCGACCAGACAUGACAUCGACAGUCGCCAUUACCUCAGCCAGGCAUCCUGUUGUCGAACAGUGCGUCACCAACUUUGUUCCAAAUCACUACUAUGUUUCGGAUCAGUAUUCGUUCCAGAUCAUAACGGGAUGCAAUAUGAGCGGGAAGAGCACAUACAUCAAGACUUUGGCUGUGUUGCAGGUGAUGGCCCAGAUCGGUAGCUUUGUCCCUGCCGAAUAUGCAUCCUUGCCUAUUCUCCACAAGAUUUUCACGAGAAUCUCCAAGGAUGACAGUAUCGAGAGCAACCUAUCCACCUUUUCUUUGGAAAUGAGAGAGAUGGCAUUCAUUCUUCGAAACAUCGACAGCAGGAGUCUUGCCAUUAUCGACGAACUUGGACGAGGUACCAGCACGCGUGACGGACUGGCCAUUGCUAUUGCUGUAUCAGAGGCGCUGAUUGAGAGCGGCGCUCGGGUGCUUUUUGCGACUCAUUUCCAUGAACUAGCCACCGUCCUCAAUGACCGCCCUCAUGUCGUAAAUCAACACCUUCAAGCCGAGACAAGUGUUGUCGGAAACGGCCCCGAUGCGAAACCUAGGAUCACGAUGAUACAUAAGAUAGCUAAGGGCCCACUGAAGGACGACAGUUACGGCAUAGACUUGGCUCGUGUGAUUGGUUUUCCGCCUUCCUUCAUAGAACAUGCUCAAAGCUUAGCAGAAACACUACGACGGAAUGCCGCGGCUAAGAAGCAGUCCUCAGAUCAACACAGGCUCAUGCGUCGCCGAGCCCUCGUUACGAAUCUACAAGAACUGCUCAUCCAAGCUAGAGACUCUAACAUGGAUGAUUCGGCUCUAUUGACACUAUUGAAACGGCUUCAACAGGACUUUGUCAAUCGCAUGGCGGAAAUUGACGAAGAAAGCACCAAUGCGGAUGAACAGCAGGACAGCGAGCCUUACACCACCGUAAACAGUACACCUCCACAAUUCAUAAAGUCAAGAAAGGCACCUCACAGGCUGGCAACAGGCCCAGAUCCUGUAGCAGAUUACGGGGACCGAGCUGAUAUCGCUGCCAACAACGAUCAUAAACCUCAUUGGCUCGAUGAAAGCACACUUAGCAGCUCUCGAUUGACCUGCAGUGACUUGGGAGAAGAGCCUCGCUUUCAAUCUCGCCUGGAAUCUAGUCCCGUGGCAAAUGUUCAUAGAAGAAAGCAGUCGCGGAAGAGGCAUGCAAAUAGUCCAAAAAAGGACAGUCACCACAAGGUGCACAUCAAGUUGGAAAAGAUAGCCGAUGCCAAGAAGACUACGAAGGAGGCAGAGAGGCGGUUCAAGUAUGAGCGUAGCAAUUCUGGGCAAACCCCCAUUGAAAUUUCUGAUGGGUCUUCAUCCGAUUAG